CUAACAAAAGUACAGGAAGCAUAUGAUUCAGUUUAUAGUCUAGAUCUAGAUCGAGUUCAUGAUUUCCUGGCUGGUCACUGUGCAUAUGACCUAGAUCUAGUACCUAGACCUGUAUACAUUGAAUGUUUAAAGACCUCUCUAGCUCUGUACUGUGAUACAUGUGCAUAUGACUACCAGUAUACUGUGAGUCCUUAAUCUUUGCUGGAAUUUGGAAUAAAGAAUGCCGUCAGGAGGAGGCAGUGCAGGGGGUGGUGGUGGAGGAGGAGGAGGAGGUGGAGGAGGUUGGGGUGACGAGAGAUUCAGCAGUCACAGCUCUAGCCGUUACUCGAAUCGUACCUAUCCAGCAUAUGGUGAUGAACAGGGAUGUGACAACGAUUGUUGCUGUUGUAGCUUUGUGUGCGCUAAAGUUAUUGCCGGGGUCUUAGCAACAUUAUUGAUUUUACUCGUUAGUGGCAUAAUAAUUGGUGUUGUAGUAGGAAUAAAUAUGUUUGGCGUGUCCAAUAAUAAUUCAGAUGAUUCUACUUCAGUCACUAUUCGUCCUACUGACAUUUCCACUGACUUCUAUUCACCAGGAGAUAGUCGACUGAUAUCUCUAUCUUCGUUCUUUUGCGAUGGUGGUUCUCUUGAGCUCUCGUCCAAUUCAGUUGAUGCUGAACUGUUUCUUAUCGACGACACGAGUAUACCACCUCUGAAUGACAUUAAUCAAUUUACUGUUUCUAUCGAGUCGACAAUUGAUUCGACGGAGUUUCGAUUCUGGCAGUAUCAUCUUCAUCCCAACUCCAUCAUAUCAGUCUCUGUAUGUACAGAUCUGUUGGUUGAUGUCUACAUUGUGAAAGGCAAUCAAAAUGCAAACGAUUGGGUUGAUAGCCCUAGCCAAAAUGUAGCUGAGAUGUUCCAAUAUGCACCUGCCUGUUGUAAGAAUACACGUACAUCUACCAUUUCAUAUCGAGUCGAGCGAGAAGAUGAGUACUACGUAAUUUUACACAAUUCACUAUCAACGGAAAUCUUUGUAAAUGGUUCCUUAAACUUUGAGAGAACAGAAUACAGUGCCCCUGACUUAAACUCCAAGGAUUCGUGUAAUGUCAGUGAACAAGGAAAUUGCCUAGUAGGCAUUGACUAUAGUACUGGGUCUCAACAAUUCUUGGUGAUCACAUCAAUCCCCGAGCGUGUGGACUGGGGUGAGAGUGUCGAAGUUUCGCUAAUUUGUGACCAGAGAGGAUGGGCCUAUGCAGUUGUUAUCUUGGUGCCCAUUUCUGUAAUAAUUGUUGUUAUUGUAGCUCUGAUGUUGGGGAUUUUCUCUUGUUGUGAUUGCAGUACUACCACCAAAUCCGCUAACAUCGAAAUGCCUGACCCUCCUCCUAAUAACUCUGGAAAUGUGGACACGAUCGCGAGUGAUUUCAAUCCUGACCCUUCGACCAACAAUUCAGGAAGUGUUGACAAGAUUGAUCCGGACUUCAACCCAGAUUAUCUUUCUGAGAACUAAAAUUAGUUAUUGUAGAUCUUAAUAUAAUUAUGUGAUUGUGUAUAGUUACUAGGGAUCAAUAAACUGCUAUUUUGUGUGAUGUGUAUGCUACGUAUAUUAAUUUUUUGUAUGUAGGGCCCGGAAACGGGUGUACACACAGAUAUGUAAUCAUACAUAAAUUUUACAUUCA